AGGAGGAGGAGGAGGAGGAGGACGACCGGCAGGACCGGCGGGGCGCGGAGGAGCGGGGCGAAGCCGGGCCGCGCCGUGACAUGGGCCGGCUAUCAGGCCAGCCGGGAGGAAACUGUUUCAAAUUACAACUCCCCAGGAGCCCCGCUGAGAAUUCAGAUGAGGGUGUCCCGCCCCACCGAAGAAAGGAAGCCCCAGAGGAGCCCCUUCUGAUGUCCCCGGGAGCAGGUCGACCCCCUCUGGGCUCCGGGCACCCCACAAAGCAAUAUGAAACCUGUUCAUGAGAGGAGUCAGGAAUGCCUUCCACCAAAGAAACGAGAUCUCCCCGUAACCAACGAGGAUAUGGGGAGGACCACCGGCUGCUCCACCAACCACACCCCCGGCGGCGACGCCCCUGACUGGUCCAGGGGGGUAGUGGUGACCGGGCAGAGCCAGGCAGGAGCGAGGCCCGGCUUGAGCGGCGACGGAGCCGAGGCCGUCGCUGGCCUGACGGUGGACCAGUAUGGCAUGCUGUAUAAAGUGGCGAUGCCCCCGGCCACUUUUUCUCCGACGGGCCUCCAUUCCGUGGUGAAUAUGAGUCCCCUCCCCCCGGCCUUUAAUGUAGCGUCGUCAUUGAUCCAGCAUCCGGGAAUCCACUACCCUCCCAUCCACUAUGCCCAGCUGCCCCCGACGUCCCUGCAGUUCAUCGGGUCACCUUACACCCUGCCGUACGCCGUGCCCCCCAAUUUCAUGCCCGGCCCCCUCCUCUCCCCUCCCGCCAACCUCACCGCCUCUCACGUUCCUCACUUUGUGCCAUACGCCUCCCUUCUGUCAGAAGGAGCCACCCCCCCUCCUCGGGCCCCUUCCCCGGCUCACCCCUUCAACAAAGUCCCCUCCGGCACCCCGCCCCCGGGCCAGCUGCAGCACCGUCCCGGCUCCCAGCCGGUGGAUCUGACGCCGGGCCGGAUGCCCGUGUAUUACCAGAUGUCUCGGCUCCCCGCGGGGUACGCCGCGCACGAGGCCGCCCCGACCGGAGAGACUCCAGAUCCCUCCCUGCAGGAGGGCCGGCCCGCUCUGGACGCGGCCUCCGCCAACGGAGGUCAGAGGCAGCUGGAGAGGAACCCGGCGAGGCGGGCCGCCGGGGCCGACGCCCGGGACCUCGGGGCGGCGGACGGCGCGGCGGACGGGCCCCUGUUUUCAGGGCCCCUGGCUCCUCGGCCGGAGGCGGCGGUGCCGGCUCACCGAGGCACCCCGGACACCGACCUGGAGGUCCAGAGGGUGGUCGGUGCUUUAGCUUCUCAGGACUACCGGCUGGCCUCGGCUCAGAGGAGGGACCAGCCCAGCCCCCUCAACCUGUCCCAUCACGUUUCUGACCAUCAGGGCGAGGCGAGAGGCUCGGCGAGGGGCCUCGCCGAGGAGGCAGAGAAGAGUCCGGCCCGGAGCCCGCACACGCCGCCGCCCCAAGGGCUGGCGAAGCACAGACCUCUUCCACCCAAAGCGGCGGCCAUAGCCAACGGCAGCCUGGCGCCCGUCGGAGCCGACCGGAGCUCGCUGGCCCCGGGCCCGGAGAACCCGGCGGCGCGGAGUUGGGCCGCGCCGGCCCGGGCCGCCGCGCCGGAAAAGGACCCGGCCCCGCCUCCCGGCGCCACGUCCCAUCUGCCUUCGCACUUCAUGAAAGGCGCCAUCAUUCAGCUGGCCACCGGAGAGCUGAAGCGGGUGGAGGACCUGCAGACCCAGGACUUCGUCCGCAGCGCGGAGGUGAGCGGGGGCUUGAAGAUCGACUCCAGCACGGUGGUGGACAUCCAGGAGAGCCAGUGGCCCGGCUUUGUCAUGCUGCAUUUCGUGGUUGGGGAGCAGCAGAGCAAAGUGAGCAUCGACGUGCCCCCGGAGCACCCCUUCUUCGUCUACGGCCAGGGCUGGUCCUCCUGCAGCCCCGGGCGGACCGCGCAGCUCUUCUCCCUGCCCUGCCACCGGCUGCAGGUGGGAGACGUCUGCAUCUCCAUUAGUUUACAGAGUUUGAACAGUAACUCCGUUUCUCAGGCCGGCUGCUCUUCCCCGGGACGGCUAGGUCCCGCCCGAGAAAGGCCCGAGAGGACGGUCUUGGGACCCAGAGAGCCAUGUGACAGUGACAGGAAGUGCCAGCCGCCGGGAGAGGGGGCGGGAGCCCCGAGCGCCCACGCCGCCGACCUCUCCCGGCCUGAGCCCGCUGCUCAGCCCUGCUGGCCGGCCCCGGGCUUCCAAAGAUACAGUGCACAGGGGGAGGAGGCACGGGCCGCUCUGCUCCGCCCCUCCUUCAUUCCGCAGGAGGUGAAGCUGUCCAUCGAAGGCCGUUCCAACGCGGGAAAGUGAUCGGUCCUCCCCCCCCGACCCGGCCCGCCGACGCGGCUCCGGCCCUUGGGCGAACCUCGCCGUGAGCAGGUGGAGAAUUUGCACACGUUGAGCGACGGGUCGGCCGGGGAGUCCGCCCCCCUGGCCGAGGGAGCGGGGAUGGGGUUGCGGGUGAGAAACGCCGGUCUCUCCCCAUGGGCUCCGUCGCCCGCCGCGCGAUAGGGUCCCUCGCUCGGGGUGAGGGGGCGGGGCGGGCCGUGCCGGGGAGCCUCCGGAGAGGGUGCUGGGGAGGGAGGCCGCAGAUCCGGGAGGGGAGGGGGGACGCCAAGCAUUCCAAAUGCCGGGGUUCUCCCACCGUGCCCUUCUCCCUCCGCUCCCCCCCUUCCCGCCCCCACGGCUCCUGCAAGGUGGGGGUCCAAGCGUCGAAAGCGGGUGGAGGAGGGAGGGAGGAAGGCGACAAAGAGCCAAAAACUAUGAUCCGCAGCUUAUAGUAGCAGUUUAACUGUCUGAAGUUUUUUCCUUUCUCUUUUGUGGGCGGGAGGAGAGCGGGGCCGCCGUUGGAAAUAAGGGGUCCCCGCCCUAGGGCCUUUCAUUUGAGAGAUGUGCACUUUAAAAAGGUCAUUCGGUUACCGUCGGAAAUCUCGGGGUCCGGAGGCAAGGAGCGGGCUCUCCUCUAAAGUCUCCGCUUGGCCUCCCGCCCCACCUUUUCCUCCCGCCUCACCCUACCCGAUCCCACAAGCUUCCUGCAACUUUCUGGUCAGUGGGGAGAGAGAGAGUGAGAGAGAGACUCCAGAGCACGUCUAGCUUUCAACUGAAGGUUGGGGGCGGAAAGGUUGGGGGGGGCGGCAGGGAAGCCGGCAGCCGUGGGCGGCAGGGGAAGGAGCCGAAUUGGGACGAGGGCCGGGUGGGCCGGGCCCGAGGAAGGUGAGCCUCCAGAUCACAUUUGGCCGGCUCAGAAAAUGCAUCUAAUUUCCCAAGUUUGUGACUGUAGGAUCGGCGUACCCGGCCCACGCGGUGCCCAAGUGCCUGGUCCUUCCCGGCGUGCCCCUCGGCCUGCACGGCUGUGGCGUCUGGCCCCGUCCUGGGACUGCGCCGCCCUCCGCCUCCACCCCUUCUUCAGCUGGGGUUUGGGCCAUUGCUUCUCGAGGCGUGCCGGGCCGGCCCCGCCUCCGUGCCGCCGAGCCGCCUGGCGGGGCUCGGCGGCUCUUGGACCCCAUGCUAGUACAGACCCGGAGGGCGAGCUGACCGAGGCUGCCUCCUCUGUGGAUUCCUCUUUCCCUUCUGCCUCACCCGGUGUUCGGCUUCCCCCGGUUUACGCCCCCCUCUCCCCGCCCCCCGCCAACCCUCAGGCUGUGCCGUCAAGUCAGCGGGAGAGUCCUCCUCACCCACCCCAAACCCGCAGUCUACAGGUCGGUGUCCCCUUGCAGAUCCCCUUCCCCGACUAGAUUUUUUUUAGGCCUAUCCUAGAUCAUUGGUUCUCAAAGACUAUUUUGCUAUGGCCCUGCCUUUUUACAAAUGGACUAAUAAUGCUAAAGUCUGAGUUGAAGGUGACUUUCGUGCAAGUAAGUGCAUGAAAGAGGCAUAUUUUAUUUUUAAUGAGGGCAUUUGUGAUUUUGACUAUUCGAAUAACUUGUUGGUAAGCUAAACCAAAACGAUCAAGAAUCGCUCAAUAAAUGUUUGAGAAUCACCGGUCUAGAUGAUCCCAGGUGCUGCUGCCUGCCGGCCGUUCCAGCCGGGCCCACGGCGUUUCCCAGGGGACAGGGAACGGUCCUUCUCCUUGGCCGAUGAUCCCGGGGACAGCUGGACGGGGAGAGUUGAAGGUUCCGGAAGGGAACUCGGGGCAGCGAGUGACACCCCAGCUCUCAUUUGGCUUCCCUCAGGUUACAGACUUCACCCGCUUAGAUCCCGUCCGGCGUGUAGAUUCAGGCUUCGGGCCGAGCUCGGAACCGGGACCCCGGAGCAGCGGAGUUCUGACCUCAGCUCCGACUCCGGGACUGUAAGCAAUCCUCGUGACCUCUCGGCUUCAGUCGCUCCCCAGCCGCAAAACGGAGAUGAUCAUUAUACCUACCUCCUGGGGUCUUCUGAGAACAGAGUAGUUCUAGGUGUCCGGGGCUGCCGUCCCCUGUCACCCUAGCCCGGGGGGGACGGGAGAGCCGCUGAGACUUUGCCUGUCCGGGGCCUGCCUUGCUUUGCGGUGUUUUAUUCUGCGAACGUAGUCCUGUGGCUAGCUCCUGGAGCCCAUCCCCCGGGAGCCUCCGACCGGAGCGCAGACUCCCUGAGCCAUCCGCUCUAUACAGUGAGGAGAAAAACGCUAACCCUCGUGGCCGAGGCUCGAGGGAGCUUCCCUCGGUCCCUCUCCCUUCAAGUAUUGCUUCCCUGACUUUCAGUGGGGUCCUGGUGGGUGAGUCUCGGGGGAGCUCUCUCUGGACACUAAGCCUUGGGAGGAUAUGCCAUCUUGGGCACCUGGACUCCCCGUGAAUGUUGUUCUCUUGCUUAAGUCCGCCGGUGGCAUCCUCCAGUCUUGUCGGAAGUUCCAUCCCAGUGCCGUGUGCCCCGGGGGCGGGUCUUGGGAAAUAAUUCCUCGGUGAUCGACGUGGCCCCGUAAAAGGUCGUAACUCGGUUUUAAGCAGAAAGUUACCCUCUUGGCUCAAAGUGUAUUUAUCAAACCCAGGGGUCCCCCCCGCCCCCGCCGACUGCACUGAUUUCGGAAUGCUGUGCCCUGCUCUUGUGCUGCAUCGCCCUCUCUGUUCGUUCCCAGGUUAAUCGGUGUUUUUCAGCUGCUUCCCUUCGGCGGGUGGCGCGCUCAGGCACCGUAUCAUCCCUUGAUCUCGAUGAGCCGGUGCAAUAGCUUCCAAGGGGUUUCGGCUCCAAUCUUUUCCCUCCAGCUGGGCUCCUCUCUCGCGUUGCGUUCCUAGUUGUCAGGGGCUGGCCGCAGAGCCUCCUCCUCCUCCUGUCCAUCAAGUCGGCGGGAACCCUUCCCUUCUGGGAUUCGAACAACGGAGAGGCCUGGCCGAGGAAGGAGCGAGUGGUGAGGGAUCAGGAAUUCCAGAGGGCAGGAGCGAGGCGUUGGCAGUCCGGCUAGGGGAUGGAAGUAGCGGGGAGGAGGCCCUCGCUGAUCCGUAGGUAGAAUGGCUCCUUGGGGUUUGGUAAUAGGAAGAGGUGUUUAGAUAGUACUACCUGGUGACACGCCCCUGCCUUUACUACUCUGCAGAAAAGCCCCCUCCGACUGCGACGGGGGGAAUCCAGCGUACAUCUCUGAGGCCACGAGCCCUCCCAGGCCCGCUGGCCUGGAGCUUAGGGCCGAGCGCUCCGGCCCCUACCAAAGCGCGGCAGGCGCAAGGCCGGGUUCGGUGCCCCGGAGAUCCGCGAUCUGUGUCGCUUUGCCAUCGAAGCCCUGCUCACGGCUCCUGCUCUGUGGUGGCGCGCUCCCCAGGCUCUCUCUUGGUGGUUUAGUUGAAGUCCAAGUUGUGCGUCGGUGUCGGGGGUGGGCCGGGGGGAGGGGGAGAAACGGGGGAGGUAUCCUGAUCAUUUCCAAGUCGGUGUUACACCGUUGUCGUUUUACAGCAAAGUAUCCGGUUUGUCUUGCCAAACCGUGGUGAUACGGGUUUCUGCUUCCGGGAUGAGUCUACUCCCAGUGCCCCGAAGGGGAAACCAGCAGGUUGUACCUGUUAGUGUCCUGUAUUUCCUUGAUUUCCUCUCCUAGUGGUAACCUGUGACCUGUGUUCAGAAGUGAUGAAGAGGAGCCAGAAGCUCAACCAUUGAUUGAUUGCAGGGGGAUCCUUUCGGCAAAAACACUUCUCUAGUUCCAUUUACUUAGAACCCUAGGCCAGGAGAGGGGCAGGCAUCUGAAGCAAUGGGUCCUCACCCUUUGAAAAGCAAGUCGCAGAACCUUCGCGGGACGGUUUCAACAUUCAAACCUGCCGACGGAAGGCUAGAGAUCACCGAGAGGUCACGGAGGAGUGUGGUUUGUUUAUGAAAUUUAACCCAAAGCCCACUGCAGAAAAGGCUCUCCCACUUAAACCACGGUGGAGGUCGGCUGAGUUUUCUCUGGACCCGUGGGAUUUCUUUUAGACCCCGGGGCGAUCUCUGCCCCAGAGUCCCCUCCCUGGGUCAUCUGAAACGCUCUGGUCACUGAACAGUUCACCUGGGAAUCAUCCGCUAGGGCCCAGGAAGAGCUGAACAGAAGGUGGGAACCCAAAGGGAAAGGUGAUCAGAGUGAGGGCCGGGGUCUUGCGGAGACUUCCCGCCCGACUGGGGCAGGGUGUAACCCACUUGCCGAAGCUGCAAUAUUUUCCAGAUGAGAAUAGCCGUAGUAACACUACAGCCGGAGGGCCGAGCCCCGCUCAGAUCCGACGAAGUGGUCAGAAGCCUCCUCGGGCUUGGCUGGGGAGCCGUUGCCCCAUCAGCUUCUCCCCACCCCGAAGGGAAGUUCGUGCAUUAUGCAAUAAUUAAAGAAGCACCUGAGUGUCUGCUGCUCUUCCUUUAUUCUCCUUCGAGGCCCAUCUCGGACCUCUCGGGCCCGGUCUGGGCCUAGGAGAUAAACCGGCCCCCAGAGAGCUGGAGUUGAUUUCCAGCCCUACCCCUACUUGCAGACUAUGCAGAGGACUGUGGAUGGAAAGAGGAGAAAGGGGGGGGGGGGGGGUGCAGCCUCGGCCCUGCUGAGCCUCCCCAGCUGGAGCGCUAGUAAUAAAAUGCACUUUUCACACUAAAGAUUUUUUUCGUCGUUGUUUUCCCACUUCCAACCCCGUAGACAGAAAAUGGACAGUCCGCAUGACACCCCCCCCCCCCCCCCCAAAAAAAAGCUAUCUGUACUGCAAAACCCCCAGCAGUGAGAUGGCCUGGAAGUCGGGUUCCUGCCUGCAGUUAUCUGGGGCAGCUGCCCUCGUGCCUUUACCCGCCGUCAAUCUCACGAGCGUUGGCUCCUGUCUUUCUUGGCUGUCGUGAGGACUGAGAUUCUUCAAAGGGAGCCGUUGACGUGGUGGGGACCAAUCCACUGGCUGGACUGGGAGUUUGCACUUAGGCCUAAGCUACAGAUUAUUAGGCCGAUGCUGAGGGAUCCAAAGGCGUAAGGUGAAUCCCCUCAGCUGCCUCGAGGCCCGGAGUACACUGAGGAGAAUCUGUGUUUUUGCCGGGGGCGGGGGCGUUGAAGCGGACCUUCGGCGCCCGUAAGGCAGACCUGGAGUAUUAAAAGAGGGCUGGUCCCCGGCAUCCUUUCUAGUUUAAAAA